GCGUUGUUACGCGCAGCGUCGCGGCUUCCGGCGGUUGCGGCGGCCGGGGCGCUAGCAGCUUGAGUCCAAGUCCGGGCCGAGAUGCCGCAGUAUCAGACCUGGGAGGAGUUCAGCCGCGCGGCCGAGAAGCUCUACCUCGCGGACCCGAUGAGGGCACGAGUGGUUCUCAAGUAUAGGCACGUUAAUGGAAAUUUGUGCAUUAAAGUAACAGAUGAUUUAGUUUGUUUGGUGUACAGAACAGAUCAAGCUCAAGAUGUAAAGAAGAUUGAGAAGUUCCACAGUCAGCUGAUGCGACUUAUGGUAGCCAAGGAGUCCCGCAAUGUUACCAUGGAAACAGACUGACAGUUUGAAAUGAAGAUUCUUUUGGUCCUGUUUGAAGGAAGUAUGCAUCUUUUGAAAUUGAUA